AUGGUGUCAAGUAAGACAGAGGGUGAAUUAAUAUCUCCAUGCAUGUGCAAAGGCACUCAGCAGUUUGUUCAUCGUUCAUGUCUUGAUCAUUGGCGUUCAGUUAGGGAAGGAUUUGCUUUCUCACAUUGCACAACUUGCAAAGCUCAGUUUCACCUUCGACUUACAGUUUUUGAGGACAACUCUUGGCGUAAGAUAAAAUUCAGACUUUUUGUGGCAAGGAAUGUCUUCCUUGUAUUCUUAGCUGUACAAACUAUAAUUGCUGUAAUAGGUGGCUUUGCAUACUUAAUGGAUAAAGAUGGGGCCUUCAGGAACUCCUUCAGUGACAGUUGGGAUCGGAUUCUAUCAAAACAUCCAAUACCUUUUUAUUACUGUAUAGGGGUACUGGCCUUCUUUGUGCUGCUUGGAUUUUUCGGGCUUAUACUUCAUUGCUCCCCCCUCAAUGGUAACGACCCGCGGAUGGCUGGCUGCCAGAAUUGCUGUUAUGGAUGGGGCAUCUUGGAUUGUUUUCCUGCAUCUAUGGAGGCAUGUUUUGCCUUGGUUAUAGUUUUUGUCGUCAUCUUUGCCAUUCUUGGAAUAGCUUAUGGCUUCCUUGCUGCCACCAUGGCCAUUCAAAGGAUCUGGCAAAGACACUACCACAUCCUUACCAAGAGGGAGCUCACUAAGUUAAGCUCUGAAAGCAGUUUUCCAGCACAAGUGCCUUGCACAGAGUACAUAGUGGAGGAUCUUCGUGGUUGUUAUACUCCGCCAAAACUGGAUCCAGAACACGAAGCACGUCUGAAAAUGCUUAAGCUUUUAUAGUAUUGGACGCUGAAGUGAAUUUAUGUCUUUUUCAAGUGCUUUUAAAUUAAUCAGCAUAUGAGAGCUACAAUGUGUAUUUGCUCCGCAACUUUGUUUAAUACAGUGGAGUGUAAAGGGAAUGGGUCUUAUGUUGUAAGUGCUCACCAAGGUGCGUACUCGAUCUUGCAAAGCUGACUGAAAAAUGAU